AUGCACUCGGCUUCCAGUAUGCUGGGAGCGGUGAAGAUGGAAGGGCACGAGCCGUCCGACUGGAGCAGCUACUAUGCCGAGCCCGAGGGCUACUCCUCGGUGAGCAACAUGAACGCCGGCCUGGGGAUGAACGGCAUGAACACGUACAUGAGCAUGUCGGCGGCCGCCAUGGGCAGCGGCUCGGGCAACAUGAGCGCCGGCUCCAUGAACAUGUCGUCGUACGUGGGCGCGGGCAUGAGCCCGUCCCUGGCCGGCAUGUCCCCCGGGGCGGGCGCCAUGGCCGGCAUGGGCGGCUCGGCCGGGGCGGCCGGCGUGGCUGGCAUGGGGCCGCACCUGAGCCCGAGCCUGAGCCCGCUCGGGGGGCAGGCGGCCGGGGCCAUGGGCGGCCUGGCACCCUACGCGAACAUGAACUCCAUGAGCCCCAUGUACGGGCAGGCGGGCCUGAGCCGCGCGCGCGACCCCAAGACUUACCGGCGCAGCUACACGCACGCCAAGCCGCCCUACUCGUACAUUUCGCUCAUCACCAUGGCCAUUCAGCAGAGCCCCAACAAGAUGCUGACGCUGAGCGAGAUCUACCAGUGGAUCAUGGACCUCUUCCCCUUCUACCGGCAGAACCAGCAACGCUGGCAGAACUCCAUCCGCCACUCGCUCUCCUUCAACGACUGCUUCCUCAAGGUGCCCCGCUCGCCCGACAAGCCCGGCAAGGGCUCCUUCUGGACCCUGCACCCCGACUCGGGCAACAUGUUCGAGAAUGGCUGCUACCUGCGCCGCCAGAAGCGCUUCAAGUGCGAGAAGCAGCUGGCCCUGAAGGAGGCCGCGGGCGCCGCGGGCGGCGGUAAGAAGGCGGCCGCCGGGGCCCAGGCCUCGCAGGGUCAGCUCGGGGAGGCCGCCGGGCCGGUCUCCGAGACUCCGGCGGGCACCGAAUCGCCCCACUCGAGCGCCUCCCCGUGCCAGGAGCACAAGCGAGGGGGCCUCGGGGAGCUGAAGGGGACGCCGGCCGCGGCGUUGAGCCCCGCGGAGCCGGCGCCCUCGCCAGGGCAGCAGCAGCAGGCCGCGGCCCACCUGCUGGGCCCGCCGCAUCACCCGGGCCUGCCGCCAGAGGCCCACCUGAAGCCGGAGCACCACUACGCCUUCAACCACCCCUUCUCCAUCAACAACCUCAUGUCCUCGGAGCAGCAACACCACCACAGCCAUCACCACCACCAGCCCCACAAAAUGGACCUCAAGGCCUACGAACAGGUGAUGCACUACCCCGGCUACGGGUCCCCCAUGCCGGGAAGCCUGGCCAUGGGCCCGGUCACGAACAAAGCGGGCCUGGACGCCUCGACCCUGGCCCCAGACGCCUCCUACUACCAGGGGGUGUACUCCAGGCCCAUUAUGAACUCCUCUUAA